UACUAUUUUAACGGAAGGAAGUAGUUAAUAAUCAUAUCAUGAUGUUAUUAUAUUUUGUUUCCGUUUUGCUUGCGCUACCCAUUGUUGCUUACCUCUACGUAAAAUGGGUGUACGGGUACUGGCAAAGAAGAGGGGUAUAUACCGUAGAACCAGUCUUUCCAAUGGGCAGCUUCCAAGAUGUACGAAAGGGUAAAAUAUCAACUUUUGAUUUUUACAAGAAAUUCUACUUAGAUGUGAAAAAGAAAGGAUUGAAAUAUGGAGGCCUCUACCAGCUAACACAACCUACGUGGAUACCUGUUGAUCUGGAAUUAAUAAAGAACGUAAUGUCAAAGGACUUUGGACAUUUUACUGACCAUGGGUUGUACACCAAUUUAAAGGUUGAUCCUAUUGGAAAUGGAAGCUUGUUUAUGCUAGAAGGAGAAAGAUGGAGAAAUCACAGAGCCAAGUUAACUCCUACUUUUACCUCAGGUAAAAUGAGGAUGAUGUUUCACAUUCUUGCCACCCAAUCACAAGGCUUCGAAAAAUUGUUAGCACAAGAAGUAGCUAAGAAAGAAGCAGUCUUCAUCAAGGAGUUACUUGCUAGAUUUACCACAGACAUUAUUGGGUCAGUAGCCUUUGGUAUUGACUGCAAAUGCAUGGUCGAGCCAGACAAUGAGUUCAGAAUUCAAUCCCAAAAAGCUUUCAUAAUUAGACAGAAAUAUAAGCAAUAUAUGCGAAUGUUCUGUUCAAAUACAGUGCUGAAACUUCUUCGUUAUAAGCAAACUGAUGACGAUGUUGAGGCAUUUUUCUCAGAUCUUGUGAGGAGAACAAUUGAGUACAGGGAAAAGAAUGGUGUUUACAGAAAGGACUUUUUGCAGAUGUUAAUAGAACUUAAAAAUACAGGAACUGUAACAGAUGACGAAGUACUAAAAAAAUCCACUCAUGGCAAACCAUUUCUCACGCUUGAAGAAGUAACCGCUCACUCCCUGGCCUUCUUCCUUGCUGGAUUCGAAACUUCCUCUACCACAAUGACCUUUGCCUUGGUAGAAUUGGCUCAAAAUCAAGAUAUUCAAGAUAGACUUAGAGCAGAAAUCUUGGAAGUUUUAGAAAAACACGACGGUGAAUUAACGUAUGAAGCUCUAAAAGAGAUGGAAUAUUUGGAACAAACUAUUUUGGAAACCCUAAGAAAAUACCCACCAAUUCCAAUACUUCCAAGAAUUUGUACACGAACCUAUGAAGUUGAUUCUAAUUUAACGAUUAAGAAGGGUACAGCUGUACAGAUACCAGUACAGGCCAUUCAACACGAUCCAGAAAUAUAUCCAGAUCCUCUGAAAUUCGAUCCAGAUAGAUUUAAUAAAGAAAAUUCAGUGGGUAGAUCUAAUUUUGCAUUCCUAUCAUUUGGAGAAGGUCCUAGAUUAUGUAUAGGUAUGAGAUUUGGUAAAGUACAAUCUAAGUGUGGUUUAAUCACUAUUCUGAAGAAUUACCGCAUUACAUUAAAUGAAAAAACACAAACUCCAAUCAAACUUAUUCCUUAUUUCAUCACAGGCGUUCAGGGAGGAUUAUGGCUAAAUUUGGAAAAAUUGUAAAAAUUGUGUGGAAAAUUUGUUCGUCUUAGAUAUUUUUUGUUUGUAUUGUUCGAAUAUAUGUUGUAAUAUCAGAUAAGUUAAUAAAUUAAUAUUAAAUAAAAAUA